AUGUCCAGUGAAUUGAUUUUACAUCAUUAUGCAGGAUCACCAUACGCUGAGAAAGUGCGAUUGGCAAUGGGUUUGAAAAAGUUGAAUUGGCAUUCAGUAAUCAUCGAUGUGGUACCUCCUAGGCCUUAUCUCGAACCACUCACCAGUGGCUACCGUCGAGUACCAGUGCUUCAAAUUGGAGCGGAUAUCUACUGUGACACACAUCUUAUUUUAAGAACACUUGAACGUCUACAACCUAAUGCACCUAGCCUCUUUUCUAACAGUGCAACUCAGCCUCUCUGUUGGUGGUGGGAUAAGUCGACAUUUAUACCUGUUGUGAAAUUAUGGGUAGGUCUUCAUGGUGAUAAGUUAAACCAAGCUUUCUUGGAAGAUCGGAAGAAAUUUCUCGACGGUGGCAGUUUGACAAAAGAAGACAAUGAAGCCGAUAUACCACUGAAUGUACAACGUAUCAGAGCACAUCUCGUAUGGCUUACCGACAUGUUGGCUGAUGGACGUCUAUUUCUACUUGAUUAUUCGUCACCAUCAGCGUUCGAUAUCACUGCCUAUCACACACUAUGGUUUGCAAAGUGCAGAGGUGGUAGUGAAGUUGAAGCUUUGUUGCCACAACUUUUUCAACCAGGUCCACUUCUCUCAUGGUUCGAGCGUGUAGCCACAUUAGGUCAUGGUGAGAAUCAAGAAAUGACACCCGAACAGGCAUUCGAUACAGCAAAACAAGCUGAACCUGUUGAACCAAUAUACAUAAAAAAUAAUGGAAGUGGUGAGUGGCAUGUUGGACAACAAUUACGUGUCACACCUGAUGAUUAUGGGCGAGUACCAGUGGAUGGAACACUUGUAGCAGCAGACGAUCAUGAAAUUGUGCUUCGACUUUGCGAUGAUAAGACAGGCAAUAUUAACGUUCACUUUCCUCGAGCCGGAUUUGAUGUCAUUCCAAUUUAG